AUGCAGCAGAACUACCAACAUCCCAACGACUCCCACGGCUCUGGGCCCAACGCCCAAGCUGGCGGCGGCCCAGGAGGAGGACAACCGCAAGGCGGAGAACAGUGGGGUGGGCCGUUCCCUAGCUUGCAUCUGUGGCCGCUGCAGGAUACCUUCCAGAUGAAGAUGAUUCACUUGCCAGAGGGCCAGCGCAUCAAGAUCGGUCGACAGACCAACAACAAGACGGUGCCCGGCGAGAGGAACGCAUACUUUGAUUCGAAAGUGCUUUCUCGUCUUCAUGCCGAAAUAUUCGAGCAGGGUGGUAAAGUAUUCAUCAGGGAUAUCAGAUCGUCGAACGGUACCUUUAUCAAUGGCGAACGAUUGAGCCCUGAAGGUAUCGAGAGCGAGCCUGUAGAGGUCAAAAGUGAAGACCAGAUUGAAUUUGGUAUCGACAUUGUCAGCGACGACAACAGGACGAUCGUGCACCACAGAGUCGCUGCCAAGGCGUACUGUGUCUUCAAUGACGAGGACGCCAGUAAAAGCGCUCGAGAGUUCGCCAACUAUCAGACGCACGAUCCCCGUGUCCGACGUCUUCCAGAGAUGCACCAUCACCCCUCCUCCAACCCUCUAUCCCACAUGGGGCCGACUUCCAUGUCUGGCGGCGGCAAACCUGGCGCUCAGUCAAAUACCAACGGUAGCGGCUCAGGUCUCAGCUUUGAACAUGUCUUGAACAAGCUCCAGGCAGAACUGGAAGCGAGCAAGGAGAUGAGCGGGGAAUUGCAGGGAUUGGCGGGGGCAUUUGGUGGAAUUCAAGAAACUCUUAGUGGUGGUGUCGCUCCCAAGGAGAACGGAUCGGCCGAGAAAUUCAUUCCUCCUCAAUAUCGAUCUCCCUCUGCCGACCCUAACGCUCCUGCCCCUGCGGCAAACGGCGAUAAUCUCUCAGCUGCAGCUCAGUCCUUGCUCGCUGGACCUCAUGGAUCUGAAGCCGCCGCCUUUCUCUCCCUUCAAUCGCAACUCUCUUCUACCCAAUCCUCCAUCUCCACACAACUCACCAAAAUUCAAGAACUCGAAGCUCAGCUCAAGGAGCACGAGACUCUUCGCGGUGAAGUGGAACGCAUGAGAGGUGAAAUGGAAGAGAGAAGGCGUGAGAUGGACAUGCUCAUUGCUGGGGGUGGGGCGAGGGGCAGGACAAUGUACAGAGGAGGCCGAGACGAGGAGGACGACGAUGACGACGAUGAUGAUGCCCGAAGCGUGGCCACCAUCAUGGAUGAUGAGGAGUCCGAGAGGCGUGUCAGAGAGCGCCGUCGUGCCGAGCGCGACCGACCACGCACACCAGAGCCUACUGGCGAGGAUGACGAAUCCGAUGCUGUCGAGGAGCAAACAGAAUCGGCACCUGCCCCUACGGCUACCCUCGAACAAGGCGCUCUCACCAUCCGAGAAAAGGAGAUGCUUGAGCAAAACAACGCUCUCGUCUCUCAACUCAACACCCUUUCAACAUCUAUGACUGAAGCUCUUACUCUUUCCCACAACCUCCAAUCACAGCACGCUGAAACGAUAUCUACCAUCCAAGCUCUCUCUGCGCGGAUCUCAUCUUUGGAAUCUUCUCUUGAAGAAAAGGUUCGAGAAGAGGUCGGCAGAUCGGAAGAAAAGUGGGAGGGCUGGCGCGUCAGGAUCGAAGAAGGCUGGAAGAAGGAGCGAGAGGGCUGGGAGCGAGAAAGGGAGAGAUUGCGAGGCGUUGUCCGGGAGUGGGAAGAAGCCAGUCGGCGCGCCCAUGAAGAGGAGGAAGAACGUCGCGAGAACGAGCUGCUCAGUGACGACGGUGAGUAUGUGGACGAUGAAGACAUUGAAGAAGAUGACGAGCUGGAUGAUGAAGAGGACAAGGAGCUCUGGGAUCGAAGCGAGAAAAUCAACUUGUCACCUUCAAGGAAACCUGCUGCGCGGAGGAGGAGACCGAGUCACAAAACUCUCUUGGCGGUGUCGGCAUUGAAGGCUGUGGCGGACGGGGUAAACGGCAGCACUCUUGAUGCUGGUGCUCUCACACCUACCUCUGGAGAAGCCACAGCUCGACCCAAUCCUCGGAGCCUGAAAAACCGUCGAUUGCACGAGAUCGGGCGCAACAGCUCGUCGCAGACGGUCAAAGGUGGCAAAUCGCGCUCCUCAGGAUCAUCAUCAGAUCCUAGCAAGCCUCGCUACGAGCGUGGAGACGGGGGCGAUGAUCAAGACGGGAGCAAAGAGUCCACAAGCGAGAGUGGAAGGGAGAGCGGCGACACGUUGAAAGAAGGUGAAAGGGAGGUGGGAAAGAAGAGGGAUCUCAAGAACGGUGUACAUGGCAGCAUCCUCCAGCCCCAGCAGGCAAUCUUGGUGCUUGUAGUGGCGGUCGCGGUGGGAGCCAUCUGGUACAAACAUAAGGAGUAG